UAUCAAGAAAUAGCAAAGCAAAGCAAAGGAUGGAGAAGAAGAUGAAGAGCGUGUGGUUUGUUUUUGUGAUGAUUGUAGCAUUCUUAAUGGCAGCAGCAGAGGGAACAGAUUCCAUUCACGUUUCCGGCAAAGUGCUGUGCCAAGAUUGCACCCAGGGAUGGAAUGAAUGGGUCAGUGGCGCUAAGCCCAUCAAAGGUUCAGUGGUCUCUGUUACGUGCCUAGACGAGAGGAGGAGGGUAAUGUACUAUGGGAGUGAUCUCACAGAUGAACUUGGAGGCUUUGACUUGCUUCUAAACAAGACCAGCUGCUAUGGCAAGCCUCUUAAUCCCCAUAAUUGCUUCUUAAGGCUGGUCUCCUCCCCGGACCCUGUCUGCAAUAUCCCCACUGACUUCGCCGGUGGAAAUUCCGGGAUAAAGCUCCGCCGCCCCACCGUGGUUUACAGAGGCCUCACUAAGUAUGAGAUGGGACCUUUCUAUUACACCACCCCUAUGUGCGACCAGCCGGACACUAAUAAUAAUCAUGAUGCUGACUCCAAUAUUACUGAAAAGGACACCAACUAUUAAAUUAAACCACGUUGUAUCCUAUGUUUUUACAUUCCA